GGACAAUACUCUGACCGUAGAGCCUUGGGAGGGCAGUGCACAAUAUCAGCCAACGAUAGGCGAACAGCUGAGUGGAGAGUUGAUUCAGAGAAUGUGGUCAGCAUCAGCCACAUCAACAUCUUCUACAGGACAGGGAACUAUCCCAGUCCCGGCCUUUACUAUGGUCGCUUUGCUGGAUUUUUUGUGUAUAUUUCUAAUACCACAAGAAGGCAGGACGGCCAUCUUUGUUUCCAUGAGUUACAACAAGUGGACAGAACACCGACAGAGAACCAGACAAUAAACUGUCCUGUACAUGGACGUUACGUCAUAUACUACAACGAGAGGAAUCCGAAUGUGACAUAUCCAAGUUUCUAUUCUACAUUUGCAUACAAUGAACUAUGUGAAUUGGAAGUUUAUGGGUGCUUAAACAAUGGGGUGUAUGGAGAGGAUUGUAACCAAACAUGUCCUGACAAAUGUCAAGAGCAGAGGUGUAACAUCACCACCGGCCAUUGUCUGGGCUGUGUACCGGGCUAUCAAGGAACUCGCUGCAGUCAAGCCUGUAAUCAGUAUAGUUAUGGGCUUGGCUGCGUUUUAUUAUGUGGUAACUGCAGUGAUGGCGACCCCUGUCACCACGUGACCGGGGAAUGUAUAAGUGGAUGUAGUGAGGGGGUGACAGGGGAGAAAUGUCAGACUGAAUGUUCUGUGGGGUUUUAUGGAAAGAAUUGCGGUCAGAGAUGCAGUGAGAAUUGCUUUGUUACAAACAGAUGUGACCUGUUUACAGGGGAGUGUAUGGGGAAAUGUAAGCCAGGUUGGGAGACACCCAGAUGUACACAGAAAUGUGAGGGAGGUAUGUAUGGCGAUGACUGCCAUCAGAUCUGUGGACACUGUCUCAAUGGAUCAUAUUGUCACCACGUGAAUGGAACUUGUGAAAAGGGGUGUUCUCCUGGAUUUCAUGGGGCGACAUGUUCGACAGAGUGCUCUCCAGGAUACUUUGGAAUAAACUGCAAGGAAAACUGUAAGGCUUAUUGUGGUGGAAACAAAACAUGUGACGUCAUAACCGGUGUUUGUGAUGAGGGCUGUAUAGAGGGGUUACAAGGAUCUCUUUGUAAUGAAGGAUCUGUACUUAGCAGAACUGCCUGUGACACCUGUGAAACCAACACUACUAGUAUCAUUAUAAGCAUUGUGAUUUCUUUAUUCCUUGUUCUGACCGGAAGUAUUCUUAACUUUAUCAUAUGGAAGAGGAAAAAUGGUACGUAUAUAUAGAUUGUCUUUAUUUCUCCUUAAAGCAAAACACAUCAAAGAUCAAGAUGAAGAACGUGGUUGCUCCUGGAAGUACAGGAAAAUCAACAACUGGUGAAGGAGACGGAUCCGAUUAUACAGACCUAGGAGUUCUAGAUAAAGCAAACACAUACGAAGAACUUUCUCAUUAUACCGAGGCUGUUGAUAAAAUACAAGACGAUUUUCUGAAGUAGGGGGGCCGAUGUUGGAAUUACAAAGUGAUAUGAACAGCAUGAACAACACACUCCUAUGUUUUGCAACAUACUGCAGCCAUGCAUGCAUAUUUGAGUUUGUUUAUUACGUAUUUUUAAAAUGUUGAUCUUAUCUUGAGGUUUAAAAUUCAAAACAGUACUUCAGCAUAGACAACUAUAAAGUAUACUUGAUAUAAUGAACCGCAAAAUUUCCCUAUCAGAAGCAUAUUUGUAAUUGACCCCCCCAAAUAAUGUUUUUUUUCAAAUAACAAUGGAUCUUAACUUAUUAUGUGUUAUACGGCGGAUGUGAACGGUCGCUAAGGUAAGAUCACUCCGGUCCUCACUAGCGCCUGAAAAUCCAUUCAUCAUAUGUUUAAGAGGUCCUUACAUGUACUAGAGGUCCCAAUUUGCUCUGCUCCUGAUUUCUGUUGAUUGAUUGUACACACAAGUACUCUGAAGUUGACAUCAAAAAGAAGCUUGUGUUUCUGAUUCACAAUAUUUAUGUUAUUUUUGGAGACCAGAUAUUCCAACAAUAUAUUGGAGUUCCCAUGUGUACCAAUUACUCCCUGUAAUAAGCAGAAAUAUUUUUGUAUUCAUAUGAAGCAGAAUAUAUUCAAAAUAUUAUAUGUGUUACGAAAACACUUGCUGUGGCCUUCAAUUUGUCGUAUUGUCAAAUAACAAUAGAUAUUUCCAUACUUACGUCGAUUUGAUACAUCCUGGUGAGAUUGAGAUAAAAGAUACAACAGAGUUUGACAAAUCCGUUUCAUACUUAGAUAUCUUGCUUAAAAAGACGUUAAUAUUAACCUAAAAUCCAAGCUCUUUAAUAAAAGUGAUGACAGAAACAUCAUUCAUCAAUGUAUAUAUCCUAAGCAGCAAUAUACCUUGAUCACCUGCUUAUGGAGUUUAUAUCUCUCAGUUGAUUGAUACGCAAAGGUAUUCUCUAUCUCUGUGCUAUUUUAAAAAGGAGGUAAGUUAUUGACAAACAAACAUAUUGAUGAAACAAGAAUAUAAUCAGUCUCCUUUGAAAUUAUCAUUUUAGGUUCUAUAGUCCAUUCAAUGACCUUGUUAGCAGAUACAAUUUAUCAUGAGGUAGAAUGCUGACUGACGUUUUUCAUAAGAAUUGUUAUUCAAUUAUUUUCACACCUUGUUGACGACGAUUUUUAUCCUUAUUUCCCGAUCACGACAAGGAGCACACGGCGGGUGUGAGUAGUCUGCAGGGAUCACCGAAUAUGGAAUAAUGAAUGAUCCAUACAGCUGAUUUUGGGUAUUUUCCGUAACAACGGGACCAAACUGAAAAUAUAAUCUACAAUGAGUGACUUAAACGAGACAUUCAAUAACAUAAUGCUCAUUAAUAAUAUUAAUUGGGAACAAAAUGUGCCCUUAUGUGUGGGUGUAAGAAUACUGGAUACUUUUCUUAUAUAUACUUAACGUUUUUUACGAUGAUCAAGAUAAGGAGGUUGUACAAAAAUUAAACAGGAAGUAUUUCGUAAGUUUUAUGAUCGAUACAAUGACCUUUUCAGCAAAUACAACUUAUUAUUGAGUCAAAUGCUGACUGAGGUUUUUCAUACUUACUGUUAGUCCAUUAUUUAUACACUGAAUUGAAGACGGAUUUUCCCGUUAUUUCCCGAUGAUGACAAGGAGCACACUACGGAUGUGACCGGUCAGCAGGGGACGCUCACUCCUCCAUGGCACCGGAUCCCACCUCCGAUGUUUUGGAGGUCCUUACUUGCUCUGAUCCUAUUUUCUAUUGUAUUAUGGACUUUUGAUUUUGAAUACUGUUCGUUAUCUUCAUGUGUUUCAUCUAUUAAACAUUU